CUUAUUCAAAACGAAAUUGAAAAAAAACUUAUAUAUGAAUUAUUAGUUACAAAUCUUGUAGUAAAUAGUUAUAUUUCUUCACAUGUCUGAUAUUAUUUUUAUACUUAUUGUCACAUGUACCUUACCUUAUAUUUUGUCAACUCAGUCUAUGUAAUUAGUUAAUUUAUACUUACCUUCAUUGUAUUUUACUUUCGAUCCUGGCCUUACUGUUACUGUUAACUGUAUUUUUACUCUGAGGGAGCCCAAUGUCUAUAAGCCUCAUUGUUUCUUUUUGGGCUUCCUCGCCACUUUCAUUUGCUUUUGUGUAAUUGUCUUGUUUUAUCGUUAUUUGUAUUUUGUGGUGAAUCAAAUAAAGUUACAAAGUAUAAAGUUACAAAGUUAACAGGCCUGGUUACUAAGGCCAGGUUCCUAAGCCAAAUGGAGCUCGUAAAAAAACAAAUGAUUGAAAUGGCUGUGGAAUGGCAAAGUUUUAAAGGAAUAUUUAACCUUAUUUUGACAAGCAUCAGGUUUGCUUUUAUGACUAUAACAUAAAUUUUAAUUCUACUGUAAUUUGAAGUCAACUUUCACCUGUUUCUAUAUUUUUUCUAAUUAAAAAUGUGCUUGUCCCACGGACAAGUUAUGUCAAAGGUCUACUUGUCCGAACUGUAUUUCUACCUGUCCUGGACAAUCGGACAUAGGUUUUGGCGCACCCUGAUCUUAGUCCAUUGAUGCCAUAUCUUAUGUCAGUCAAUUCUUUAACCACCCCAAGUAAAUAAAUUUUCAGACAAAUUAAAUAAUCAUUAAUUUUUCGAUAACUAUAAGCAAAGUAAAUGUAAUUUAUAAUAUAUUAUCAUCAAAAACAUAAGUCAUAGACUGUUUGCUACUUUAUUAAAGGUGUUGUACAAAAAUAGAGUAUACUCAUACAUAUACUUUUUGUAGCAAAGGCAUGGCCAUUGAAUAAUAUUACCCGUAUGUGGUAUAUGUUUCAGGUCAAAAUUUCAAUUCAGGUUAAAAUCUUUUAGCCUUGGUUGAUUCUCUAUCUCCCUUGUUGCCUAGUCCUAAUUUAUUCAUGAAUUAGCGCUAUGAGACAAAGGAAAUCAAGAAUCAACCUGGAUAUGAUUUUAACCCGUAACAAACAUUGUAUUUAUGCUGUUUUUGCAUGUGGCCUUAUUGAACUAACAAAACAGAAAACUGAGCUAUUGAAUCCAUAUACUGGGCUAUUCUGGUAUAUUGCAACCAUGUCUUUCCCUUAAACUGCCCGCUGUGCGCCAGACCUGUCAGCUUGUUCACGGCUGUAGAGGGUCAUUGCACUCGUGCGACAGGCAUCCUUUUGGUUGCUUGUAAAAUCAGAUAGGGAUGUUUAUGGGCGGGGUAUCAUGGUUGUAAAACCCCGUCAUAACUCAUUAUUAUUGUUAUUUAAAUAAUUGUUUGUGUGUUUGUAUGUCACCUUCAUCACAUUUAUUUAUUUAUGUAUUUUUUGGCUUAGCCCAUAAUGGAAAUGGUUAACUAAAAAAAUGCUGUACAUUUUUACAGACAUAAACUUUAUGUAAUUUAAUUCUAUAUCUUCUUUGGAAUAAGAAAACCGAACUAGUGAGAAAAAGGCCUCACUUGGACACUAGGAUUACUGUGACGUAACUCCUCCAAGUUGCGCGCGAAAGUUCACGGCGGUUGCCGGUUAACUUUUGAAGAGAUUGCGCGUGAUAUGAAAUGAUGUAAGCCAUCGAGUGAAGAAAACAAAGUGCAGUCAUCCUACCAGUUGUUUUUAUUCAAGCUGCGGUGAGUUAGACGCAUUUGAAACUUUAUUUCUAAUUCGUUUAGGAAAGAAAAUUGUUGGUACCUUGGUGAGGCAUCGCCUGCAAUUGUUAUGAUCUCUCAUAUUUGCACAGACAUUAUCAUAUCGAAAGCAGAUUUUUGAAAUAUGGUCAGGAAGCGAGCAGCUGCCUUUCAAGUUUGAAACAACCAAGAAAGUUGAAAGUUCAGGACUUGUACGGUAAAAAUAACUAUUUUAAACAUAGAUUGAUGGUAGUCAACUCAAGCACGUAGGGCCAGCUGUGGUACCACGGUUUGAAACGUGCGGAAAGAGAGUCAAAAAACAAGAUUGAUUUCAUCCACGGUUAACUGUAUUUUUUUCUGCUUUAUUAACGCGCGCGUUGUCGGGUUAUUUAGUUGAAGUUUUCUCCGGACCAAUUUGGCUUCACCCUUUCGGCGCUGACUCUCUUUCCAGGUCUGUUCACUGUGCCCCUGAUGAGAAUGACAGACCUUCUGAGGGGACUAAAAUUUAAAUAACAUCAGUCUAUGUUCCCGUCUAUAUUAGUGAGCUCACUAGUACUUAAUAACAGUGUAACAUAGCUAUUUAUCUAUUUAGUUCUCGUACCAUAGCUAAAUGAGUAUUUACCACUUACUUAAUGCUAUGCAUUCUUAUUAAAAAAUAACUAACGUAUUUGUGGCUAUUCUUCCCGCAGCUGCAUGUAGUUUACGCUCAAUGAACUGAUGUGUAGUCAUUGAACCACUGGUGUGGUUAUUGAUCUGUUGUCUACUUAUUGAACUGCUGUGUCGUUAUUGAACUAACAAAACAGAAAACUGGCCUUAUCAAGUACACAGCAACUUCAUAGAUCUGGUGCUUUUAAGUUGGAUACAGGAGACGAAACUGGUAAUUUUUAUCUGCAUUUUUUUGUAGGAUGCCAAGGAAUCUAAAGUUAUUGACUGCAAAACCUAUAAUUUUGCUGGAAGGACUGGCAUAGCUGUCCUAACUAGUAAUUACCAUUUUUAUGUUGCAAACAACGUGGAAGAGGUCAGGAGUUGACGGUAUUAUGACCCGCCAGGUAAAAAAAUCAUAAAGUUCAGUGUUUCAGAGAGAUUAAUAAUGUUUUAUUUUUAAGUUACAUGUUUAUGUCACAUGCUUUUGUCAUCUAUAGAACUCAAUAUCUGCUUGUGUCUCACUUUACUUUGGUGAUAAGUUUGAAUUUGAUGAGAGUUAAAGUGUUUUUCAACAGGCAAUAAAGAAAUCUUGUCACGCAUCACUCCUUGUAGCAUUUGACUGACUUCAAGUGGGCGUGAAUUCUAUUUUUUUUUUUCUUUUUUUUUUGCGGCAGGAAUAUUUUUCGGGCUUUCUUUUCUUAAAUAUUUACAAUGAUCUGUCUUAGUUAAAUGUGUAUUUUACCACAUUUUUCACAAGGAAAACAAUAACUGCUCUCGAUCCCAACUCGUUAAAAUUCUGUCACCUAACUACCUGAGGGCUGUCCCUAUCUGAGAAAACUAGAAAGUCAAAUCGUUUGCAGAUGUCUUUAGAAAGGCAGCACUUUCUGCUCAGCAUUAAAAGACCCCCGCCUAAGUGUUGAUCCGGCCGGUGUGUUGAACCAGCGACCUGUUCCUUAGCAGACCGGCGCUUAUCCAGCUGAGCUAACCGGACGGCAAAAAAUGACCAGUCAUGACUCUUAAGAAACAUAGGGCCAGUUAUUUAAACGUAGUUUGGCCAGUGUUUAACAAAACGGCGUUCUGAGCCAUUUUUCAAUUUGCCUAACGGUUUUAUCUAAACACCGUUUAUUGUGAAGUGUUUUAUGAAAGCAUUUAGAGUAGAUUAGAAAAGCAUUUAACGCACUAAGGAAGAGAUCUGGAGGUCCAAAGAUUCGUUAAACCCCGGCUUAAAUUCAACUUCGUUUAAAUAACCGACCCAUAAUUUUUUUAACCAGGUUUGGAUGCUCCACCCAGCAGCUGGGUCAUUAUGCCGCAUGACAGAGGUUCAUCGUUGCUAGUGGCAAUUGAUAAUCUGUUAUACCUUACAGAAAAGGGACAGUGUAAUAGACUGGUGAGCUGUAGUAUACAGUAGAACUGCUAUCGUCAGUGAUACAACCACUUAUAAUCCAAUCAUUGUUUUUUCUUCAUCCAUGAAAAAUAUCGCCAAGCUCGAGACGUGCUUGCUUUUUCACUAAGUUCCCAUCUUUAAAACGUCUGCCUUUUCGUCGGCAGUUUUAGGAUUUUAAGAAACGUGUAUCCAGCAGAUAUUCGCACAUCGAUUGCAACUCAGCAACGGUGGUGAAAACGUCUCUUAAAAAGAGAAUUCGCGUUGUUUGAAACUUCAUUGCGGUGAAUCCAACACGCAUAAUUUUUCAAAUGCAGGCGAGUCCUGGACUUGUCUAGGACGGAGUUAAAUUCUUAGGGACUGUUUACAUGAAGAUGGGGGACCCCAGAUAGGUGAAGUAACAUGCGGUAGGUCACCCCACCUAUCAUGUAAACGUGAUCAAAUUGAAGUGAGAGAUUACAAUUAUGGACAGGGAGGUUACCCCACCUAAGCGGAAAAGAGAAAAAUUGAUAAUCGUGUUCACGUUUUCCAUAAAACGUGAAAUUAUUUCGUUGUUCACAUGGAACUUUGAACGGCUAUGCGUCUGAAUUUUCGUACGGUAAAGGUGAUGUUAUACGAGACGAUACGCCGCAACACAGCGUUGCAAUGUUGGAACAAUGUUGCAACCAUUCGAAACAUUAUCGCAACAAUGUUGCAACACCGUGUUACGGCUUGCACUAAAAAUGGUUGUUGCGAGUCGUCUCGUGUAAUAUCACCUUUAAGGCUGUUUCGAGUGAACGUUCGAAUUCAAGUUCAGCCGGUCGAAAAUUCGCCCGGUUGCCUUUUCGACUUUCUCUUUGCUGUCGCUGUCUGGACAUCGUAAACUUCCUCUUGAGUGCCAAGUGUAUGAAAGGUUGCUACUUUUUACCAAUCCUGAAUCAGCCACAGGGCGUAGUAAAGCAGUGGGUGCGGGGUGAAGGAAGGAAUGGAGGGGAGAAAAUAGAGAAGUGUGUUGAGAUGUCGCAAUGAGAAUAUUACAUCUCUGGCUUUAUCAGUGUCACAACUUUAAAUAUGAAAUAGCGAAGUCUUGAUCGUUUAUAUUGAUGACAAAAUCUUCCCCGAACUCACACAAGUGAGUAUGCUCGCCGGCUGCUGUUGUUGUUGAAUAGUUUUGAUAUUCUUCAACUUUCAGACUGUUUCAUUCAGCGCUGGGGCCCCGGUCACUUCCAUCAUAGAAAUGGCCAUAUCUUACAAUUAUGAAUACCUAGCAAUGUUUACAGACACUGGUUUGUUAUGGAUAGGAUCAGCAGAUUUACAGGUGGGUAUAACACUGUCACAUUUGUUCAGCCCGCAAAUUUAGCUAUCAGGAGGACGAGUUCCAGUAGCUAGCGCCGAGUUGACUCGGAUUCUUACAAAAUGAGAAUGAGUGGCGGUCUAAUUCAACUGGCAGUACUAACUUUGAUGCUAUACCCAGGUUUGAAGAAGGCGUGUAAAAAGGCUUAUACUACUCGAAUUUGAGGUAUCUUUUCUUGUAACAAAUGAAGACCCGUAUCUGCCUUAGUUCUACAUGGUGGGAUAUCUUCAUUAAUUUAGUCUAGCCACUUCUUCCUCGGAAAUCUUGCAGAAACAAUUUCAUGUCAUCGCAAAGUUGAUUUUAAUUGUGUUCAUUUAACUUGCUGACAUCUCCGCAAAGUGAGUAAGCUUAGCAACCCGGACCGCUAGGCCAGGCCCCUAAGAGCUCAACUUAAGUACGCCUGUAUUUUGCAGUUCUUUGAAUUUUGCAGUUAUUGUUGUAUUUCUGUCUUCUUUAGAAAGUCUACUGUGAGUUCAACACGUCUUGUCCAUCAAGACCCAAGCAACUAACCUGGUAAGGAGGGAGCAAUUGUUGUUUCUAGAAUGAAGGCUCUCGUCUUUUUUGACAAAUUCUCGCCCGGUUGGCCGGGCCAUUCUUUUGAAUUCAAACUAAGACCCAUCGGUGUUUUUCUUUCUUCCGCCACCCAUCUAACGAUGUGUCGCCGCAACGUGUUGCUGCAACUAAUCUCCUGACCUGUACACAGGGAGUAAUCUGUCGCCGACACGUGUUGCUGCAACUUGUCUCCUUGUGUGUUCCGAUCUUUACUUAUUUCAACUUACCUUACAGGUGUGCAAUGGGCGGUGUCAUAUGUUACUGGGACGAUUAUUUGGAUGUCGCUGGACCGACAAUGGACACUAUUAGAUAUCCUUGAUCAACAAGAUCAUUCUUCAUAUCCGACUAGCUUUCCAACUAUUUGCGGGGCAAGCUAUCUUACUGCUAGAGCAUACUAAAAUUAAAAAUUGUUCUUCUUGUUGUUGCAAAUGUUGGCUUGGCCAAGUUGGUAAUUUUGUUGUCAUGCUGCAAUUAUAUAUUGAUCGUGUUACUAAAAACACCCUUGAUUUGAACUGACAAUUGUUACUAGUGUAGAUAUGAGUAGUUUUUUUUAUUGAGCACGCUAUUGCCAUAUAUUUAACAAUUAUUACACGAGUGCGCGUUGGAUAUGAGUGGAAUAAUUGUUUAUUAAAAACGCCCACAAAAUAUCGAGAAUUCUUCCCGACUUUAUUUGUAAGAACAACCGAUUUUCAAAUUUUGGUAUGUGGCUCAUCUACUAUUAUGGCUAAGCCAAUCAGAGCUCUUUAACUGCAUUACCCAAUGGUCCAGUUUUAAUAAAUAUGCAUAUGCUACGGAUAGCACACUUUCUUAACAUAUUUCACAUAUCAGAUGGACAGUGUUGUACAUUUAGUUCAAGAGUUAGAUGGCGUAAGAAUCAUUGGUAAUGAGACUCAUGAACUGCUUCAGCGAGUUCCAGGUUGGUAAAUAUGAUUACGUUGAUUGCGGGCGGUUUCUCCUCCUGGCGAAACCUCCUUAGCAACGAGGAGCAAGGUGAAACGGCUGUAUCGGCGCAGGGGGGGCUUUAGGCCCCCCACUUUUUUGGCUGUUGAUGUUAGAACAUUGAAUGUUCAACUGGAAAUUUUUAAGCUGUUGAUGAAGGACGGAGAAUUUACCUCUUUUGAUGACAUUUUAGCCAAGAUCAAGCAGCUUUCUGAAGCCGAAAAGUGUAUGAUAACUGAAAUCAUAACCCUAUGUAAACUUUUUCUUGUAAAUCCAGCAACCAGUGCAGCAGGCGAGAGAUCCUUUUCUUCUACUCGGAGACUGAAAACGUGGCUACGCUCGACGAUGACACAAACAAGAUUUAGCAAUCUGACAAUACUUAAUACCCACAAGCAGAGAACAGACAAACUUUGUCUUAUAGAUGUUGCCAAUGAGUUUGCAGCUCUCAAUGAAAAUCAAAAAAGCAACUUUGGCACCUUCAAAGAAUCCGACUUAAAAAUGUCCGGGUGGCACUCAACCGUUGCGUCUGUUGGGUUUAGCUUAGAAGUUAGUCUAUUCAUUUAAAUUUGGUCAGACGUGAAGGACAGUUUGUUACUCGUUGUUUUAUAAGAAUUAAAAAUUAACUUCACUUUUGGCAGUUUUAGAUCCAUUUCAAGCCAUUUCAGAAGACUUCAAUUUCAAAUUUUCCCGGGGGAACAUGCCCCUGGACCCCCCCACUUGAAAAUCCGCUCCGCGGUCCCUAUUCGCAGACUACAAGUGAAAGGUUUCAAAAUGCUCGCAGAUAUUCUCUCUUGUUCUCGAUUCAUAAAGCUAUCGAAAUAUAGCCAAAAGUAACGAUCCCUGUUGGUGGCCGGGAUGUCCUUGAGAUUUAUUUCUUCUCCACAGACAUUUGAUGCUUUUUCAAAUUACCUUCUAUUAAAACGUGUCAUUGCCUGUAGGUGCUUAAAGCGAAAUAAACUCUCGAGACUGUUGACUUAAACCUUCAGCUCAGUUUGAUCUUGCUGUGGCUUAUGUAUGAUUUUUUAACUUACUCCCCGGAAGCAGAUUGGACUGACUCUACAUUCAGUAUUCCCACCUCCAAAGAAAAUGGGUACCCUGUUGUCACGAACAAGCAAAAAGCCCUAAACUUUAUUUCAGUCGACGUAUUCAAUCGGUUUACGGUCAAGUCGCCCCAAACCAGAGUUAUGUCUCUCGAAAUAAACAGCGAUAUUUGCGUCUUUGUUUAACUUCACAUUUGCAUAGGUUACCGGACACAGUUGAGUCAACAUUUUUCGACUAAAUUCCUUGCGAUAUACUUCAGAUGAUACUUUUGUUCAAGUUUAUACACUCGAUAAAAUUUUAAGCGACAUGACUUAGGAUUUCGGGCGACAUUACUCUGGUUUCAGGCGCUAUGACUUCGGGCGAGAUGACUUUCUAGUGACUUGACCGGUUACCGUUCAGCCAGAACCACUUCUUAUCACAAAUGUGAAUAAUUAUGUCCGAUACUAGAGCAACUAUUUCUAUUCAUCUUUCAGCUGCUGUGGAACAAGUGUUUAAAAUCGGUUCAAUGGAACCAGGUGCGAUGCUGUUUGAUGCAUCAAAGGAAUUUGAGGCAAGCAGUGCUUCACUCUCUCUGGGAAAAAGUUGUCUCGGGUAAAAGGCUCAGCCGCCUACCCAAGCCAGUAGCGGAUGUAGAGAAGGAGCCAAGGGGGCUCGCCCCCUCCCCCUUUAUUGUUAGACCGCCACUUCGAGCCACCCUGGGCGAGCCUGUUGUUGGGUGACCUGUUUUCCUUGGUAAGGUCACCAUCCUAGCUGAGCCAACUUUUCUCCAUAUAAUAAAAAAUAAUCAACUUUAUUUAUAUAGCGCUAUUUCAGUCCAAAAGUUCAAUAGCGCUUUACAGAAUUCAUAAGAAAGAACAAUAAUGAAAAUAAAAAGAAUACCUGACGAACAACAUUAAAGUUUCAACUUAAAGAUUCUAAACUACACCAAAAACUAAAUCCCUAAAAUUAAGCUGUCGUUACGAUUCUUUCGUGUAUAUUCCUGUAAACAGAAAAAGAGCGCCCGAGCAGAGGAGUACAUUCGGAUGAUCAAAGAACGUCUUCCUGAGGCUGUCCAGCAAUGUAUCCACGCCGCUGCCGCGGAACAUGAGCCUGCAAUACAAAGAGGACUGCUGAGGGUGAGUAUAAUUUCAGAGGUAGUCAUAGUAACCACAUGAUCCUUAUGUUCAGUUGCUACGUUUUGAUUCUCACAGCAACCCGCCCCCAGGGGGUGGGGGAGUUGUUGAAAAGUUUAAGGUUUCUUACACUGUGAUUUGUGCUCCGUAAACUGCCAGAUAAAUUUAGCAUUGUUUGAAAAAAUACAUUAUCUGUCUUCCGUUUCAAAAUCAUCACCUCCUACUGAAAAAGUUUUAGUUAAUCUGCUGAAGUUCUGUCAAAUUCGCUUGGGCAUAAAUCGUUGAACGUGAUGUCGUGAAAAGAAAAUCUGUACUCAGUAUAUCAGGGUAAUUUGAACUGAAAGCGAAAGAGCGCACAUAGUUCGUCCAUUAUGUUUCUAUUUGAGGAGUGUAGUAAGAGACAUAAGAACUUCAUUAAUGCUUUCGACGAACACGUUAUUCAGUGAUUUUUCAGUUAUACAGGAUGAAUUGAAAGUAUAGCAAAUCUCAGCGAGUGGUCAACAUUCGCCAAUAACACUGCUCUGUUACCAUCUACCAGCGAAGUUUGUAACGUCGCUUGGUCAGAGAUUUUAGGCGGGAAGUAGUUCUCGUGUAACAUGUCAUGUGUCCUUGUAGUAACCAAUAAGAGCGCUCUGAACGGCUUGGAAACUAAAAUUUCGAGGACGUUUUUGGACUUUUUACAUUCAGGGCAUGAAUUUUUCGUCAUUUCAGGCCAUGGAACCUAAAAAUGAGCCUAGCUAGCUGUAAAAAGGGGCAAUACGGAAGAAAUGCGUCCUAGCCGGCAUGAUCACAUGCUGUUUACGGAAAAUUCUCUCACCAUGUCAGGAAAUUCUGUAUUUUAAAGCCUCCCCUAGGGCAUGACUCAGCAACUAAGGACAUUUCUGCUACGUUUUCAAUGUUGGUUAGCAUGCAAGGAUUUUUCCCAUGCCUAUCGUCAAUGAUUUGCUCACUGGUAAUAGAGGGGGUGGCCCCAGAGUGGUUUUGCAUUGAAAUUGGCAUGCAACAGAAUUUCGCAUGCCCUGUAAGCACAAUUUGAGGUUCCGUGACCUUCUCACCCAGGCCGCGAGAAGCCUAGGUUCUAGUAAUAAGUAAUUCAUACCCAGCAAAAUCUCCGGCAUGCCGGGCAUUCCACAUUCUCUGACAUGCCCGGCAUGACAAAUUCUCUAGCAUGCCGGGCGUGCCAUAAUCUGGGUCAUGCCGGGCAUGCCAAAAUCGGUCUCUGGCAUGGUCUCAACGCACAGGUUAUAAUUCCUUGAAUCUACAGAUAUUUUAAGCCUGGCUAAAAAAAAAAAAAAACAGAUCACCGUGCUUAUCUUUUGAUGUACGGUUACACGAUGACGUCAUUGCUAUUCCAUUUGGUUGUCCCAGCGAAGUUUAAAUAACAAAAGCUCUAAUUUUCACAAGAAAGUAAAGCCCUGAGGGAUUCUGCCGUAGUGAUAAAACAGCGUCAUCGUGGAGAUGACCUGUUGGGGGAUUGUAAAAACUCCUCACCCCUUUUAAUGAGUCUUUAAUAGGAUUCCCAUUUCACAUUGCGAAUAAAAUGGAAUUGACUGAAAUCAGUAAAAAGAGAGACAGACACUAUUUUCAUUGUAUAAUAAAAUGCAUCUAUGUUCCAUGAAAGCUUUUAAAAAUACAGGGUUAUAGAAUAUCUUUCAAAGUUCAUUACAAACUGAGCUAAGCCCCAAAAUCAUUGUUCAUUAUUCAGUAAAUUAUGAUGUUUGACAAUGCAAUGUGCUUGAAUAUAACGUUGCAAUUACAAAUCUCUCUAAAGCAAAUUUCCCUACGUUAGGAAAGCUGUUUUUAUCUUGUUUCACAUUUUGAUAAGGAGUCUGAGUUCCUCUUUCUUGUUUUGUAGGCUUGCCUGGGAUUAAUGUUUUUGUGUCAUUACCAGUGUCUGUGUUCUCUGUUUUUAUCUCAAAGUAAGUCAGUAAUAACUGACAGUAUCAAAGAAUUGCUCUCUAGAAAAGUAAUUAUCUCCUCGUCAUGUCUGGAAGUUACCUGUAACAAAAAAGAAAUGGAAUGUUAACACAUGCAAGGGCAAUAUGAGAAAAAAGAAAAAGAACAUGUUGAGCUCAGCUUCUCUUAACAUAUUUACAUACUGGCUUGUUGAGUCUGUUAAAGGUCGCAACUAAUUGUCUGAGGCUAAUUUCACAAGAGUGUGCAAUUGAGAUAAAUGCAUGGUAAAUAAAGUGAAAGAAACGUGGUUUCACAUUAGCCAAUUUACAUUGCGUUGUUCGAUGAUGUUUACACGCUCUUCUACUGCGAAAUAAACCUUUGCAUUUGGAUUUGCAAGUCAAGAUUAUACCGAGUUUGACUGGCUUAAUUGAACAAAAGUUUCAUUUUUAAGCAGGUAAGGUGUAGACUCAUAUAAAGCCGAAAUAUGUAAAGGAAACUCAGCGAAAACUUUUUCGCAUCUUUUUGUGGCGAUAUUCUCUCACGGCCCGUCAACUGAUUAGAGGAUGCGAAGAAAAAAUAAAUUAGGACCAAAGGUUAAAGCCUGUCCGGUUACACCAUUUGGUAUGUUACCUAGAGUUCUAAUAAAUAGGUCAUAAAAUAGGAUUUAACGAGAGCGAAUUUGUUUCUCAAUCGGUGUAUAAAAAAGUGAAGCUAUCAAAUGAGAAGUUUAUAGAGUAUCAAAAUUAUUUAAGUAAAAGCUCAUAUAAUUAGGAAAAUUCCUAUACGAAAACAAUGCUAGUGACAUUAAAUUGAUCAGAUAAAAUUCUGAGAAAAUUUGUCGAAUAAAAGCCUCAUUGUUUGCUUUUGUUUUUGCGUAAAGGUAAAUUUUUCGGCCCACAAAGCAAAGUUGAAAAAGCGACUAAAUCUUAGUUUUUUACAUUGAACAUGUUUAUUAGCUUAGUUUUCGUCCGUUUUAAAAGCUUUAUAACCCAGUCAUAAUUUUCGGGUUAAAAUAGUACAAAAUCAUUUCAAAAACCAUGUUCAUUUAAAGUAGAGCCAGCAAACGUGAACAUUUUGUAAUUCAGAAGUCGGACCCAGCCAGGUUGUUUAAGCUUAGAAUUAUUUGCAUUUUAGCGUCCUAUAAAUUUACCAGAAUCGCCACUCAGAGGCUUACUGUAGCAAAGCAUUUUAUAGUACACUCGUAGACAAGCAAUGUAAGCCUUAAGUCUUUGCUUGGAUGAGAUGUCCAAAAGAAAAAUUAGUUUUGUGGACCUAAACGCACAUUCACAGACUGCUUAUAUUGAGUUGUUUACAACUUUGCAUUGACACCUGCAGCAUGUUCAUUUUUAUAAAGCGAAAUCCAAAUCUGAUUUUGGCAUUUGAUUUACGGAUAUUUUAUUUUGUCUCCAAAAGUGAUUGUAAUAUCCGUUUGAUUGUCUUUCGAACAACAGUCAAACUAUGCAGCAAAAAUAAGUAACUUUACCGGUACAGUGAAAAAGAGUUUGACUAAUAGUCGCGGGUCGCGGGUCGCGGGUCGCGGGUCGCGGGUCGCGGGUCCAAAGUCGCGGUCGCGGGUCCAAUGUCGCGGUCGCGGGUCCAAAGUCGCGGUCGCGGGUCCAAUGUUGCGGCAGGGGAAAAUGAUUUGGGGUUCGAGGUAACAGCUGAGUGAAAACGACUGAUAUGAGCACAAUAUAAAGGGAAAAAAUCUUUUUUAUGCACAAUACUCUACGGUAGCCAAUUUACAGGUUACGCAUGUUAGAGUCAACAAAAUAAUGUCUCAAGAAAAGACCUAAAAGAAAAAGCUGGCCGACUUUUGUGUUCGGCGCAAGCUUAUUUUUUUUUUCUUUCUGUCGGGCCCAGUUAUGUGUAAAUUCAGCUUUGAAUAUACUUAUGCAUAACAGUAUCUGAUAAAAAAAGUUACCAUAAGUUACCAUUGCUUUCUUCUUGUCGAUGAAUUGCUCACAAAUGCUUAAGGCUUCAAUUACUGAAAAAUAUGCGAUACACUUCAUAGACUACAGAUUAUAAACGUUACAACAACUUAAAGCCUUUUUAAAAAAAAAGCGAACUCGGGCUCAAAAAGCUACGAGUCUGUCGGUAGAAGAAACGAGAACUCUUAUAUUUAACAAAUGUUUUCGGCAAAACUGAAAGAAAAUGUAAAUAGGCGCAUGAAACUUCAUUCAAGCGGUAUUCAAGGCAUGAAUUUAAUAUGGAAACAAGUAAUAAUCCACAGAAAGAAGUCUGUUCCUCGAAGCAAGAUUUUCGCUUAAUGCUUUUAUUUUUACAACUGAGACGGCAACCCAGAGAGUUCAAUAUAACUUCUUGUUCUCUUCACCUAAAUGGCAACCAGGACAACCUGACAGUAGGAAGCCAUUCAACGUGCGUCUCAGUCAAAUCUUGAAAACAUGCAUCGUAAAUAACUAAGUGAGUAAGUAGGUAAGGAAAUAAUAACGCCCGAUAUCAUGAAGCUGAAAAAGAAAGUAAACCGGACACUGAAAACGGUAAGUUAUCAACUCCACCAGAGCUAAGAAAAGACAAUAAAUUAGGUAAGUAAUUCCAGAUUCCAGGUACUGGAUUCAAGUCUUAGUCAGUAGAACCAAGAGACUAUGAUCUAUUCUCUCUUGGUAGAACUUGGAUUCCGGAUUUCAAUCGUUACUGGGAACAAACUCCUUUCUGUGGACAAGAGAGGAUAAAGCUCGAGCUUUAUCCCCUCUUGCUGUGGAUUAUUACUUGUUUUUUAUUAAAGUCAUGCCUUGAAUACCCGCUUGAAUGUACUUUACUGGCACUUCAAGCCCAACGUCUCUCCUCCUCUUUCCAGUUACUUGUGCAAAGAGUUUAUUUUGGGAGUUUGCGACUGUUACGCGGGUAAUCUUUUAGAGGACGGGUAGCUUGCAAACUAAACUGAACGCAGGGUUGUCGGAACAGCAACAAGAAGAUUUAUUCCAAAGAUGAACGUAGUUUCCACUGAGUAAAACUCCACAACAGCACGUAACUCGUUAAACUUACACGGCCUCCGCCAACUUGAAUAAACACUGCCUUCGUCACACUUGACUAAACACGACCAACGUCAAACUCUCUUCGCUUGUGAAAACUAGUUAAAACUUAACUCGGGCUCGCCUACCUUAUAUACGUUUACAAUAAGAUUCUAGAACUUUCCAAAUAGUCUAAUUAUAGAAAGAUUACAAAAUAUACCGCUUUUAGAAACGCUUACACAAGAUCCUAAAAUAAACAAAUUAUGAACUCUCACGAAGCCACACUAUUCACGCAAUACAAUUUUUCGUAACAGCGACCAGGACGUUUUUCAACAAGCGUUUUCUUUAUUUUUGCCGAAAACAUUUGUUAAAAUUGAAACAGAUCUCGUUUCUUCUACCGACAGACUCGUAGCUUUUCGAGCCCGAGUUAGUCUUUUUUAAAAAAGGUUUUAAGUUGUUGUAACGUUUAUAAUUUAUAGUCUAUGAAGUGUAUCGCACAUUUUUCAGUGAAUGCACCACUAAGAAUUUGUGAGCAAUUCAUAGACAAGAAGAAAACAAUGGUUACUCUUGGUAACAUUUUUUAUCAGAUACUGUUAUACAUAAGUAUAUUCAAAGCUGAAUUUACACUUAACUGGGCCCGCAGAAAGAAAACAAAAUAAACUUGCGGUGAACACAAAAGUCGGCCAGCUUUUUCUUUUAGGUCUUUUCUUGAGACAUUAUUUUGUUGACUCUAACAUGCGUAACCUGUAAAUUGGCUACCCUAGAGUACCGUGCAUAAAAAAGAUUUUUUCCCUUCAUAUUGUUUUCAUAUCAGUCAUUUUCAAAUCAUUAUCUCCUGCCGCGAAAUUGGACCCGCGACCGCGACAUUGGACCCGCGACCGCGACAUUGGACCCGCGACCGCGACUUUGGACCCGCGACCGCGACAUUGGACCCGCGACCGCGACAUUGGACCCGCGACCCGCGACCCGCGACCCGCGACCCGCGACUAUUAGUCAAACUCAUUGAAAAAAUAUGACCGUAGGUGCCAAAAAUAAUUAUACUCGAGCUAUAAAAUUAGAUCUGCCUUUUUUUAGCUUUGGUUUCUUUAUUUUUGAGGUUUUCUCUAGUCUUCUUAGCAGCAGAAGAAGAUUACAAGACAUACAAUCAGAAACAAUCCGAAGUGAACGAGUUGACAACCACUUAUGACACUUAUGCCGGAGCUCUUAGGCAUGCUCCACAGUAAGAUAAACUGAAUGCCAAAAGACUAAUUCACGGGAUUUGGUCGAUAUUCAGGCUUUUUCUUUACCAAAUUAAUACUAAAUUUGUACUUACAGUCUCUCGCAGAAUCCACUUCUUGUCCAGCUUUCACCAACAUCUCAACCAUGCACCGCAGAAAAAAAAGACAAACAAAUGCGAAGAGACAUGACGACAUCGUGACGCCACAACUGCCACGCUACAACAAACUAGAUUCAUCGUCAUCCGAAAACACUUCUGCGGAAAUUCGGCCGAUUUCGUGCGUGCUCGGGGUAUCUUCGCAUGACGCAGAUGACGUUGCUCAAAGAACUAUCGUCAGCAAGGACUAAAACAGUUUGCGAGAUUCGCAUAGCCGACAAGAAGCGCACUGAAAAACUAAGCAAAAUCUCUCUGAGAAGGCAGUCCAAAUGCACCAGAUCAGAACGUCUUUGCAGUAUUAACGUCGUACUCUCGUACUGACUUGACCGACCUGGUAAGCUUAAUUUUCACCAGUCUUUUAUGCUGUUGACCAGGAAACAUUCCGACGCUAUAAAACUUAAGCAUGGAUAAGUUUAUACUGAGAAGAUUUGUUAUCUUAUUGUGUAAGACGCUUUUCCGCGAUCAAAUUUAAAUAUGGACCCAGAAAUGUCAGUAUCGGUUUGAAAUAAAAGGAUUAAUCUUUGAUUGCAAGUUAAGUAUUCUGUUUUAUGCAUGAAUAAUGUUGUUUUGUUGUGCUUUUUAUUUAUAAAUCCAGGCUUCUGUCUUCAGUUUUGCCAGUCGAUCUCGUGACACACGUGACAAACAUGACUUUUUUUGUUAUAAUCUGCAUUUAUUGCCAGGCAUGAAAUCUGUAACUUCAAGCUCCCUAAGAUAUACUUGGCGAUUAUAUGUGAUUUUAGGGAUAUGAUGCCGAAGCGAACAUCAAAAUCAGUCUCGCUGGGCAUGCCAAUUUCUUGCCUGGCAUGCCGGACAUGCCAAACCAACUGGCUUCACCAUCGGCAUGCCCGGCAUGCCAAACCAGAGGAGCAAAAACUGGGAAUGAAUUAUCAACCCGGCGAGAGAUCUGGGACCUAAGUUUAGCUGGGUCAAUUUUGGGCUGCGAGGGCAUGAACCCUUUUUUUCCAUGCCUAUGAGAUGUUAUUUCUAAGUACCAAUGUUCCCUUGAAUUUUGACAUGCCUAAAUAUAGAAAAUUUUCCCUCUCUCAUUAAUCCUCAGACUGGAUGCGAUUUUUGCGCUCGCUAGGCAUGUUCAACUGAAAAUCAUGCCCAUACCCUUAUUCAAAACAAAAUGCUAUCAAAUUUUAGUUUCCAAGCCGUUUCUGGCGGUCGAUGUUGGGGAAAAUUCCACCUAUAGUAUAACCGUUUUUUUUAACUGAUCUCCGCUGUAAUCUUUUCUUCUCUUUGCUAGGCUGCUUCCUUUGGUGAGAGUUUUCUAACUGAUAUGCCGCCACACGCGUUUGUUUCGAUGUGCCGGAAUCUUAGAGUGUUAAACGCCGUGCGGGACUACAUGGUUGGAAUUCCACUUACAUAUGGAGAGUAUCCUUUAUCUUAAUUCAAGAGUGAACCAAAUUUUCAGUUGUUGCAAAAGCGUCGUCUCACAGGUUACAUUUUGCCCAAUUGCAGCGUGUGUUGCAGCAAGUCUACACUAUGCUAGCCUCCGUAGCAAGACGAAAAAAAUUUUUUAUUGUUUGGGUUAAUUUGCAAUUGCUUAAAUUGCAAUUUCCGUUGCGACGAUCAUAUCUUCAUUUAAACUUGCCUUUCCGCAGUUCACAUCAUCUUCAACUAAGUUAUCAUUGCUCUGAUCCCAACUUUUUGGACGAACUUGCGCGGAAACCUUUUCUACGCAGGCUAACACUAUGCCAGAUAGCUCUUACGUCGGCACGGAAACCAUACCGGAGAGUGUUUCUGUCCACACAAGAGAACGGUGAUUUCGGUGCGAUUUAUGUAACGGAGCAAAGCUGUGGGGUUUAAAUUACAUUUUUUUUUUACAGGGAACGAACGAGAUGUGUUCCUUUUUCUCUUUUUUGAAACGGAUAUGUUAAAAGUACGUUAACACAGUUUUCAAUUUUGUGGCUCUUAUCAAGUUCUUAAAGUGGGCUCCAUUUUGCUUUUUUGUCCUCUGAGAGUACUCUUUGAUUAUUUUUCAAAAAUUAUCAAAUUUUGAUGCCUUGACGAUCGUCUUAGACUGGAGAAACUAACAAUGAAAACCCUUAUCGACAGGUGAGUUUUGUUUUUGUCACGCUGUUUGUUGUCUUUUUUAAAAAGGUAAAACGCUAAAACUGACUCUGAAGAUGACUACCGCACAGUCACUGUCAACAACAACAGUCCUAUUCAGGACUACGUUCACCCGGACGAUCAAACUCAACCUACUUUUGAAAUGACUCCUGGGUUCAAACCUUUCACAAUUUUUUUUUCCCAGGAGACAUUUUUUCCUUUAUCUGUUCAUUCUUUUAGGUCGUAAAAAUGACGUCAAAAUGUUUAAAACUUAAGUGGAACGGUGAGUGGUUUUACGGCAAAGUUUGGAGCAUAUUUAAUGUCAUUUCUUUGAAAUGUCGGAGUCUCGGCAGCGAAAAAUGGCUACUUGUCUAUUUGUUUUUUUACAAUGUCUUGGAGAAUCGUACUCAAGAGGCAGAGAAGAGCAGAACCUUUUGUUUCUAUGCUGUGUACUGUCAUAAGCAAAAGCAAAAGCUCUAGACCAAUCGGGACGCAGAAAUCACUCGGUUAUUGUAAAUCAUUAGACUGUGUAGCAGCCGUCUUAAGAGGUAUCGGAAAAAGUGAAAAAGGGAGGGGUAAAGGGAAGAGAAAAAGAGGACAACUUUUUUUCAUUUCUGCUCCUUUUCCCUUCACUCCCCUCCACCUCUCCCCUCGUCUUUGCACCUGCCACGCAAACUGCCACGCAGGCUAUUGUGAAAUCUAUAUAUUCACUUUGGCAUGACUGUGAUUUGUCUGCAGUACUGCAAGGAGCAGGAUUGCCGUACACUUGUGGACCUGUUCUACCAGGAUAACCAGUUUAUGACCAGUGGUAACGCCUUUGUGCAGGACAGCUAUAGCGAGAAGGUAUUAUAAGCUAGUAACGUGAAUGCUAUCAUGCUAUCAUGCUAUCUGUCAGUCUUCUCGGAUAAGGACAAAAAACCGUAGGUCCCGUCUCACAGCGGUUACACUUAUGUGGUUCUUGUGGGACGUAAAAGAACCCACACCACUGUUAAAAAAGAGUAGGGGAUGUAGACCCCGGUGUUGUGGUCAACCUUCACACAUCACAUCAAUCACACCAUGGGUUGGGUGGGUUCAGUAAGCUCACAAAUGGACUGAGAAUGGCUGCCAGUGGCGCCUUUGUAUGCUGACGUCCGAGCUUACUGUUCACGUGUUAAAAUGUAUUGUAAGAGGGCACGUCUGUUGUCCUCUCAUCCACGACUCUCUCUCUCUCUCUCUCUCUCUCUUCAUGCUUAGGAGGGGAUCUGGUCAUAAUUUGUUUCAUUAUUUUAUUUCUUCAUUGGCUUAAUAUGUAAUUUCAAUCCUGAGCAAAUGUGCGCACGCUUCACUCCGUUUCUUCAUGGCGUCAUACAUUAUUUUUGUUGUGACUGUAGCAGAUUACAAAGCUCUGCUUUUACCUCAUUCCCAGGAGGUUUUCCGUUUAGAAAAUGAAAUAAACCCCUGGGAACGAAUUUACUCUUUUUAAGGUCGGCAGCAGUCUUUUUUAUUUUGAACGUCAAGAAGAGCCGAGAAUACGUGACACGUCUAGCAACUCUUAUUUAUAAUUUAACUCGUACAUUUCUUGAGUUUAACGAAACCUUUACCAAAAUUCGUUUUAAUCAUAACCAAUGUUAUCUGCUACACAUGCGCUAAUAUUUGCCGCCCUCAAUUCGGCGACCACGUGACCAAAGAAACCACAAGUAUAGGAAACUUAAGACUACAAGUUAUCUGAUAUUUUUCACAGGGAUCGCCGAGUGAACUAAGCGCGCGCGCCAGAAAAUCGCAACUUGCAAGAAAGGUCGUCACGCAAAGGGUUAAUUGUUGAGUUACGUGACGCCUUCCGGCCUCUGUCCCAAUCUGGUCCUCAGAGCUUUUGCUACCCUUGUCUGGCGAAACGAUCACUUUUAGUGCUAAAUUAAAAGGAUCACAUCCUUGGGAAGGAGACUGGCGUUCACCUUUUUAUUCCUUGAGAAAUAAGGCAAUUCGUUAUCUAUAAAGUGUCGACAUAGAAUAGAAUAAUCGUUUUGUUAUCGCUUGUCAGUACACUUGGUAUAAAACCUGCCUUUCUUCUAUUUUUAUUAUUUAGACGAUAGAAUCCAAGAUAAAAACAUUGUCCAAAGCACAGAUGUCUUACCAGCAAGGAGGAUUUCAGUUCUACUCAAAGGUGUGUGCUCUCCAAACUCCACCAACGCUAGAGCCACCCAUUCCUUACUGUGUGGAGAAACAGAAGAGGGACGUUGUGCCUCUCCUAGUAAUCUAGGAUACGGGAUGAACUUGCGAUAUUCGAACCAAAAGCACCCAGAAACUCUCCACUCCUCUAGCUGUGAUUGAUUAACAAAUACCUUGACUGUGCUCUGAACUGAUAUAAAUCACGCUGGGGGAAGCUCCGGGCUGGGGUACGAAAGGCCAAGUGUAGGUGGAAGCAUGAGCCUUAGUCGAGAGUGUUUAUCCCUACUUCUUAAGUGCUUUGCAACAUAACAAAGCACAGUAAAGAUGUUUCUCUAUUAGUUUUAUGAUAAAGAAUCCCUUAAAUUCGCCACACAUUACUUUCUAAUUUUCAAAACAAACUAUGAGCAGAUGGCUUGAAGACUUCAGCUCCGUGUUUUGUACUCUGAUAAACUCACUUUUUAAACCAAUCAGAGUGCGCGUAAUACUGCUCUGAACUAUAAUAUAAAUAUUAAUAAAACAUUUCUUGUCAGUGAUGCAUUGUAUGCACGCACGAUUUAAUUUUUCAGGCAACAGAACAACAAAUGCAACUCAUGGAAUAUCAAGUCAAACUAGAAGAGAAGUACAGAAAGGCAUUUAUGGACCUGUCUUUGAGUGAUACUAUCUACCAGGUGCGAUAAAGACACUAAACUGUGUUAGCCUUUAGCGUGGAUUUUCAAACAUUCUCGAUCUGAGCUUAUUUUUAAGAUGUCAUGAUCAGUACAGUUGGGCAGCUGGAUCAGUUGACGUUUGUGGGUAACUGACCACUCCCCCCCGUUAAGUCAACAGUAACACUUUUUCCUUACUUAGGGCAAAAUUGUAACUUAACUCUGAAAAGUAUCUCUUAUUUGAAUGAUCAAAAUUAAGAUGUCAUCAAUAUAAUCAAAUGUUGAUACUACCUUUAACAUCUUAAUAAACAGUGCCGCUGGAAAUCUUUGUCAAGUACAAGCUUUCAUUCGAAUGGCCAUACUAAAAGAUUGUCAAAUAUUAGAAGUUGAAAUCAACAGUAUACGCUGGAAUCUCUCAGAUCUCUGCUCAGUAGCUUUUGUUGGGAUUGUUAUUUUUAAACUAUUAUCUAGACUUGGUAGUUAAAACCAAAGCACAAAAGCCAAAGUAAACCGCGGUGGAAAGUACUAUUAAAAAUAGCUUUAGUUUCUUCAUUGUCACAGAUUUAAUUCCCAUACACUAUCAUACUGCUCCUGGGGUUAGUUUCUAAGGACUACUUUACACUUUUCAGUGCAUACUUCAAGGAGACCUAAAAGUUGCUGAGCAACUGAAAAAGGAAUUCAAGGUUCCGGAUAAAAGGUUUGUAACAUUUUUUUUAUCAGAGACCGUAAACAAUGAGACCUUUGACAUCUGAGGGCCCUUUUUUGAAACAGCCUUCAGCUACACCACGUUGAACAAAGGCUUACUUGUUCACACCACUGAUUUGUAGCCUGUGUAGAAUACAUUUGAAGGGGAAGGGAAAUGUGGGAAUUAGGGCGCGUUAGGGAGGAGGAAAUUUAAACGAAGUCUAACUUAGGCCGCGGUUUAGGAAAACAUUGGACUUCCAGAUCCUUUUCUUAAGGGGUUAAUUAAAGAAAAUAAGUGCCUUUCCAGUCUACACUAUAUACUUUCUUGAGAUUUUUCACGAAAAAUGGUGUUUAGAUAAAAACGUUGAGCAAACUGAAAAUGGCCAAGAACGCGGUUUGGUUAAACACGGGUUAAACUCCGUUUAAACAACUGGCCCAAAUGGUCUCUCUACUUUCAUCCUCGCGCGCCCAUCGCGUUCUCGUUCUCACAGGGGCUGUUUUCAAAAUAGCCUGUACUAUGUAGAGCUAAGGCUUGUUUGGUCACACCCUGAUUUGUAGUCUAUGUGGCAAGCAUUGGAAGUCGAGUGAAAGAGGGGGUGGGGAUAAGGGCGCGCGAGGAGGGAGAGAAGAAAGGGUUUCCGUCCUUUCCUCCUCGCGCAUUCAUCGCGUUCUUGUUUUCACACGGCCCGUUUUCGAAAUAGCCUCUAGUUGUACCACGUACAGCUUAUGUUUGUUAGUUAAAACCCCUGAUUUGUAGCCUGUGUGGCAGGCAUUUGAAGGAGUAGUGAAAGGAGGGGGAGGGAAUCAGGACGCGCGAGGAAAAAUAGCAGACAGGGUUUCCUUCCCUUCCUCCUCGCGCGGACAUCGCGUUCACGCGCACCUCAGUUAUUCCUCCUUUUCCUACCCCUUCAAACUCCUUCCUCAUAGUUUAGCUCAUUUGCCGCAUUGUCUUGUCUUUAGGUUUUACUGGCUGAAAGUAAGAUCCUUGACCUUAAAGUCACAACUGGCUGGAACUCUACAAGUUUUCCAAAGCUCGUAAAUCUCUAAUUGGAUACGAGGUAAGUUCAUUGACAGUGUUUUCCGAAAUAAUCAAGCAAUGUGCUCAACUAGGGACAGAUACGUGCAAAGCUAAUCCUUUAAACCUUAAAAUCCGGACUCACUUACGCAGGUAAUUUGGGACCUUACAAAACUACCAUGGCGAAGGUAACAGAAAGGCGUAAAACACAAUAGGUUAAUGAAGGAGCGGAACAACAGCUCUACACGUCCAUCACUCUUUUUUGUAAAUUUUUUUGCCUUUCCCACACAUCUACCAUAGGACAAGAAAUAAGAAACCCUAACCCCACUCCGUAAGAUAUUAAAUGUUUCUAGAGUGAAUGUAUGGAUCAUCUGGCGGAAUAAAAAUCAUGGUCGUCUUGGACAGAUGGCGAUUGGAAGGUUCGUCGGUAUUUAUCAAAAGCAUUUAUUUCUUCUUUAUUAAAGGCUACGUUCAUAGGUUCCCAUGACUGUAACAUUGUGAAUAAUAUUCCAGUGUGAAGACGCUGUAAAUUUUAUUUACAUUGCUUUUUUACAGCCAUUUUUUGAAGCAUGCCUGGAUAGAAGCGGAGAAAUAUCUCUCCAGGGUUCUUCCCGAAAAUAAAGUGACGUGUUAUGUGAAACUCGGGUGAGUUUAUCAGUUCAUUGAAGUUCUUACUCUACUCAAAGGCUGACUAAACAAACUUACCUUGAGUAGUGGUCACUUGUGUUGCGACUAUGCCGUUCAUUCGUUCACCUCAGAACUAAGAAGGGGGCACUGAAUCCACUGACCACAAAACCCUGGGCGUAUACAAAUUCGUAAGUGAUUGGGAACAAUAACUCGAGUUCUGCACUGCUAAUUGAUGCUACCCUGAGAAAAUAGCUGACAUUUUGUGACAUCACCACUGGUUUCCUCGCGAAAUGAGGUCUGAAGAAUGUUUGCAGAUAUUCCAUACUAAUGUGACGUGUAGCUUUCUAUCAGUAAAAACAAAAUUGACUGGUUUGUUGGCUAGGACUCGUGUUUUUUUCCUGUGAUUUUGAUUUAAAUAUUUGAUUUCGGGCCCGAAGAGUUACCGGGACUUUCGAGAAACGAGCUAAUCAUAUUCCACCUACUUAUAAACGACACUUUAGCUUUUGUCCCAGGAAAUACGAAGAUGCGGCGGAAACAGUUUUUGCUCAGAAAAGCGAGGGGGGCCUGGAUCUAGUCCUUGGAAAAUGUGCGACUUCAAAUCGUCCGUUGGUGAACCGCAUUCAAGAAAUGAAGGCUCAACUGCGGCAAAGACGAUAAAAUUCAUAGAUGGAUUGAAAUC